CAAAAAGUACAGUGUGACCAACAUUGGUUUACUGCGCUGCGUCGCAUUUUAAUAUUCGCGCCGAUAAAAAUAUAGAUAAAAAUAUUAUUUGCACAAUUAUUAAAAUUAAGCUGGCAAAUGAUGGAGCGAGAGGCAAACGGUGUGAUCCUUAAUCGCUUUGUCGCUAAUUGUCGCGCAUUGCGAAUCGACACAGAAAUCAAGCAAAAUGCGAUCAAAACAUUCCAUAGUUUGAAUGUAGAUGGAGUGCUAUCCAAUGAUGCGGACGACUGGCUGUGCUGCGCGGUGUACAGUGAACUCCAGAAGAACAAAAUGAAGGACAUGCGACAAGACGAAGAGCAUUCCAAAACCAAAGACUUGGAAUCGUGGGACAAGAAGGCACGCUUCCACAGCUGGAACAUUUCGGUGACAGAGGUGCUGCGCAUCUUUAAGAUCAACAUUAAGAAAUUCUUGAAACGAAUGGAGCAUUGGAAUUGGAUGGCACAGAAUCCAGAUGUUUUCCAACAGGAGAUAUGUGACCUGGAUCGUCGUUUGGGAAUUACAUUGCUCCUUGCGCAUCACUACAAGCGCAUCUUUAACCAGCUGUAUGUGUUGCCAGUGUCCAAAGAGAGUCAAUCGCAUUACCACAUGAUCUAUGAAUUUGGCUGGCUGCUAUUCCUAGUGAUCCGCAACGAGCUGCCCAACUUUGCUACUACCAACAUCAUCAAUGGUUGUCAGGUGCUCAUCUGUGCCAUCGAAUUGGUUUUCCUAAAUGCGCUUGAGGUUCACAAAUCGCAUAUAAUCAACACAGACUUUAAGGGUGUGCCCCCCAAGUGGUGUACCAGUCACUUUGACACUAACCGAUUGGACAAGUACAGUGCCAUUGAAGCUAUAUGCCAACUUAUACCAGAGCUACCGGAAAAAGGUGUUUGCAUUAUGAAGAGUUCCUUCUUCCACGAGGCUGUGAUGGGAUUGUUUAUGGAUCAGCGUCUGCUGGGCAACGAUCGCGUCAAGCGCGAAUUGAUUAAAGAUGGCAUUCUAGAGGUGAACUUGACUUCUCUAAAUCGCUGCUACGCUAUUCAUGUCUCCGACAUUAGUGAAAUGGACGAGCGUGUUCUAUUGAAGUACGAUGCUCAGUCUCCGACAAAUAAAGCAAGAGAUACAAAGUUGUCAAAUGGAAAGGAAGACACUGCAUUUGCAUUUGCAGAUCAGCUGGUGGACGACACACAACGCGACAAUCUGCGGCAGCUGGUGUGGCAAGAAUUGCCCAAAUCUCUACCAGUCUAUAUUAGCAAUGUCCUCGGAAAAAGCGAUUCCAGUUUGCUGCAAAACUCUUUGCGCGACAUGUGCCUCAAGUUUGAGGUUGCUGCGAAUCUGAACCAGGAUGCAGCUGAGUGCCGCUUUAAGCUGGUUAGUGGCUUGUAUUACAUGCUGCUGGACAAGAUUACGGAGGCCGAGCUGCGUCGCAGGCCAACAAUCAAACUGGGACAGAUGCUGAUGCAGCUGCAGAGCACCUUUAAUGCCACCCUCAUUGCCUGCUGCUUGCAACUGGUGUUGCACAUCUUUGAGACGCAGGAGACGUCGCUGCAGUUUCCUUGGCUGCUCGACUGCUUUGACAUCGAUGCCUUCGAGUUUCAGAAGAUACUCGAGCUGGUUGUGCGUCAUGAAAGCGGCUUGCUUACACGUGACCUCAUCAAACAUUUGCGGGAAGUGGAGGCCCAAUGCAUCACCUCGCUAAUCUGGCGCAAGAACUCACAGUUGUGGCGUAUAUAUGCCGGAGCAGGUCUGCCCACCUACCAGAGCGUACAGUCGAGCUCGGGUCAGGAGAAUUCCAAGGUGACUCAAGGCUCAAUCGUUAUUUGCCUGCGCAAGUUUUAUCACCUGGCCAACCAGCGACUAAGCUACCUCUGUAAGGGAUUAUCGCUGCUCGCCAGAUACACGCAAAUCUGGCACAUUGUGGAGCACUCCAUUGUAGUGCUCGGCACCGAACUGCUGCAGCAACGUCAUCUGGACCAGCUGCUCAUGUGUGCUGUGUAUCUUUGUGCGCGCACGGCGCGACUGCGCAUCAGUUUUAGUGACAUCAUUCAGCAGUACCGUCGUCAGCCACUUGCCCGGAGUGACAUCUAUCGCGCCGUACACCUGACGGACGGCCAAGCAGCCACAGACAUCAUCAGCUUUUAUAAUCAAGUGUAUGUUAAACGUAUGGCCGACUACGCGCGAGAACUGCAAUGUGAGCAGUUCUCGGAUUCGAAUUCGGAUUCGAUUCCAACUUCAUCUGUCAUUCGACCACUGCAGAAUAUCAGCAACAAAAUGUGUCUCAAGAGCAACGGCCAUAAAACCAACGUCUUUGUCUCUCCGGAGGCCAUGCCUCCCAUAUGCAUGUACAACAGAUGCAAGGCCAAAAUCAUCACUCAGUUGGCGACUCCGGUGAAUCUGAAACGCGCUCACUCCACUAACGAGCUGGGUGAACCCACAUCCACUAAGCGUCCCAAUAUACUUUCCCGUCGCACUACCUUUCAAUAAUUCGUGGAUGUGGCAUGAAGAACCUAGAACUAUAAUGUGGCAUUGUUGUCUGAAUAGAUCUCCGCAGUUAUGAUAACAUUUUCGUAGUGUAUAGAUUAUGCUACUUAUAAUUGUACAUUACAAAUUUAUUAUUUGCAUGAAUAUAUUUCAUAUUUAAUUUGAAGAUAAAAGGGGAUUAGUUUCUGGUCCCAAAAUAAAACUAAAGCACAUCCUCCACAUUUUGAAGAAAAUAGAUAUCCUUGCAGAACAUUGUAGUUUAGACAAAUUCCAAAACAACUGCUCUUAUAAUUUGCAAAAAAAUAAUGAAAACUUGACUUACACUUAAAUAAAACAUUGAUAUUUUCAUACAUA